AUGCCAGAGUCCUGCCAGAGUCCAUGCCCCGAGGGGUCGAAUACCCGAGGGAAUCUUUGGAAACACGCAUCCUAUAGUCCGAUCAUCACAUUAUUCAACAUUACAGAUCUGAUUGAUCAAGGAUCGUCCUAUCAUCACUACUCACCAUUACACCAUUAUACCAUCUACAAAUGUGAUGCUGCUGAAAGGAAAGUAGGAGGCUGCGCAAUUCCUGGUGGUGGUACUACAACAACCUGGUGGAAGGAUAUGGAUCAACCUCGUCAAGAUACCCCUGUGUACGAUUGCUAG